AUGUCCUCAACUACCAGAGAACGACAAUUACCAUGUCGAGUGAAGGCCGUGUAUUCUUGGACAGGAGAAGAAUCCUCUGACCUUGGGUUUAUUGAAGGGGAUACAAUUGAGGUCCAUAACUUUGGAACUGGACAAUGGUGGUAUGGAAUAUCUUUGAGAACUCGCAUGAAAGGGAUGUUUCCCUCCAACUAUGUGAGGUUUCUAGAUGCUCCCAGAACAUCAAUGUCUGGAUCUAGUUCUACAGUGCCAUCGCCAAACGAAACAGUAAAGGCUCACCAAGGCUUUCCGAGAAGUCAGUCAUAUCAGCCUUCUUCCAAUAAUGGUAUGAAACAGCAAACAGUGAGAUCUUGUGUUCCAUCCAAAUUGCACACUUCAUACUCCAGUGAAGCCAUCCCACAUCAUAUGACUAAAAGUCCCACCAAAAAUACAUCUUACCCUACCACUGCUGUUGCAUCGAGAGGUAUUCUAGCACAUGGAGCAAAUCAAUCCAGCAUAUCAGGCCAGGACAGUUAUACAAACACCUCUUUGUCCAAAGAAAGACUGAAUUCCACAUUUUCAUUUGAGCAUUUGGCCAUUGAAGCUGAUACAGCAAUCUCUAAUUCUGAUAGUGACGAUGAAGUACCUCCUGCACCACCAAAGCAUGCCAUACCUAUUUCUCAUUCACAGCAAAAUUUUCUUGCUAUUAAAAAUGCACCACAGGCAAGCAGCUAUAGACCAAAUUACUCCUACAAUAGUGCUGCCAGCAAACUGAAAAUGUCCACUGAUACGGAAGUUUCAUCAUAUUUAUUUAACUCGGAGAAUAGUGCAACUUCAGCUGGCUCAUUAUCAAGGCGUAAUUAUGUCAGCAAUUAUGAAUUGUCCCAAAGUGAUAGAAGAAAAGAAGUGACCAUCGAUGACUUGAACCUAGUAGAAAACACUCAGCAAACGAGGGAUUAUGGUGUUUUUGUAAGUAGGCCUUCCAAACAUCCUAAGUUUCUUAGAAAGUUGUUCCGAGACCAAGAGAAGGUUCGAACGUUGGAUGACCAGCUAGUGGAAUCCUUAGAUGAGACUUCUGUUGGCAUGAAAAAAUCAGUCUUAAAGAACUCAGAAAUCUCCGAUUUACAACGUUCAUCUUCAAUAACUAAAGAACAGAAAGCCAGCCGAUCAAUGAGAGAAUUGCAGAAUGACAACUAUUUGAUCCUUCAACCCCAGAAAUUUGUCUCCAGUGUUAAUGUAAAUGAAAUCAUCUACCACACCAAAGUCUCAAUUGAUUGCCUCCCAUUAUAUCAUGUCGACAAGUACAUACGUCAAGCACCGCUGGAUCGAUUUUCGGUUCCACAAGAAUUUGCAGCCAGACGAAUCCUUCCACAGUUUGAGAACGAACUAGAAAGACUCCGGGCACUUUUUGUUCUUUGUGCGGAAAAGUUUCAAUUGCAAGAUCAACUUAUUUUUGACGUCAUGGAUACCAGGAAUCCACCGGAGAUGGAAGAUAUUUUUUUCACAAAGAAAGGCUCCGCUUACCAAUUAACUUGGUUAUUCAAAAUUAUGGCUGAUGAGCUGGAUCUCCGAACAGACAUCGUGCUGGGUCACUUAAAACGACCCAACAGGGUGGAAGGAUUGUUUGGCGAGGAUCACUCGCUUACCAUCAAUCAUUCGUGGAUUAGCGUAUUUGUGGAAGGGGAGUGGAGGCUGAUCGACAUUGCCCUAGGUAAUGUCAGUAACCCAUUGGCUAAGGAUUUGAAUGAACAUAGCACUAACGAGGCCAAUUUUUUUUACUUCCUGGCUAAACCGCUAGAACUAAUCCACUCUCAUGUUCCUGCCACAACUGAACAGCAGCAUAUCGUUCCACCAAUCGACACCAUGGUAGCUUACUCGCUGCCCCCGGCAUUCCAAGCAUUCAUUACUUGCGGACUUCGCUUGCAUAGUUACAAUCAAGCUCUUUGCAGAAUGAGAGACUACGAGUUUUUUGACUGUGAAAUUGAAUUGCCAGUAGACAUUGAAAUAUUUGCUAGGGUUAAAGUGGACAACGAAGAGUUUAAUACUUUGGCCCAAGUAUACUGGAAGCAUAAUAUCCGAUUAUGCAAAGUAAAAGCUUUCCUCCCCGCUAAAACGGCGCAAGGAUAUGUCAAUUUGUAUUCUGGAUACAAGAAUUACCAAAAAAGUCUUGACAAGAUGGUUCAUCCUUUGGCUAUGUCCAUCCCUAUCACACAUCAUGGCAAGUAUAGACCAUUUAAGUUUGUUGAGAGGUAUCCUACCACCAGGUCAUUGAGUCAGGAUCUUUACAUCAAACUACCUCAAUGCUACACCAUUCCUCACAAUGAGAUUUCUCUCUUUACAGUAUUACAGUACCCUUGUGAUGGUCUCAAACAUGACAUCGAUAAGGUUCAAAUAGUGUUACAGUCACCCACGGGUUCUAUUUCUCAUUUUGAAAAAAGAGACCCUGAAAAGCUGUAUGGAGAAUGGGAUCUGGAGACUAAAACCAACGAACUAGGUGUUUGGAGGGCUUUAGUAAGCACUGAGGAUCAUUCUGGAUGGUGUGUAUUUGCCCAAUGGUCAUGUUCCCCCUAG